AUUUCAGUUGGCUUUCAGUUGUUUAAUCGUUUGGUUGUGUCGCCAGCCGUCUCCACGACAACGACGCUUCAGGUUUCCACAAUUAGAGAAGACAAUGAAAUGAAACCCCGAACAGCUCGAAUUGAAAUGAAUUUUGAGCUUUGUUGAAUCAAGUGCACACCCGACAAAAGUGCAACGUUGUGUGACCGAAAACCAACAAAAAGCUAGUUAAAAGCGAAACCAAAUAAAAAGUCAGAAUGGCUCAGGUUGUGGCUGGGGAUGAGCGGGUCAACGAAACUGAGUACCUUCUUCCUUUGCAGAAAUCCGUAAAAUAUGCCUGGCAGAUGAAAGCCAUGGACGCCAAUCGGUAUGCGACGAAGAAGACGAUCGCCCAGGGCAUGCUGGAUAUAGCACUGCUGACUGCCAAUGCCUCCCAGUUGAAGUACAUCCUCCAGGUGGGGGAACAGCAUCAGUUUUACAAGCUUAUGCUGAUUCUCAUCAGUCUGUCGAUCGUGAUGCAGCUAUUGGUUGGAAUUCUGUUUGUGGCCAUCGGCGGUCUCAACAUCAAUCGGCAGAAAGAUCAGACGGCGGCGGUCAUCUUGAACGAUAUCAUAUUGGUGGUGAUAUUCGUGAUAUCCGUUCUGAAUGUAAUUAUUUCGGGUUUCGGCAUUGAGUACUCGUCACAGCCGCUUAGACUCCUCGAACCGCAUGCAAAGACACCUUAGAACUAAGAAAAAUCCAACGAUUAACUUGUAACAUAUUCUAACCAUGUACUCUUUAAGAUUUAUAAGCAAAUAAAUAAAUAUAUUGAUAGAUAUGUA